GUUUAGUUAACCCGCCAGUCUGACGGCGACCGCACCUGUCAAGGUCGUCACAUAGAGACGGAAAGAAACAGAGAGAGAGAGAGACAGAACCGAAGGAUUUUGUGCCGCUGUUCGCUGCUAUUAGACUGCUACGAAGUUGGGACCUAUUAGGUGGGGUGAGGUGGAGGAUGCGGCUUCAUAUAGCGAUCGCCUUGACGGCGCUCUCCCUCGCCGGAGUUUCGUCCGAAUAUGCCGAAGGGAGACUGAUCUCGGGCUGGCUCAGCGGGGAAUCCUAUCCAGAUAUACAGCCAGGACACGCCCCUGCUCGCUCAUCCGUCGAACCCGUCGAGAAGGAAGUGCUGCAGGAGGAAGGACGCAGAAGGACUGACAAGAAAACCAAAGUUGAGGUUUCUGUCCAUCCCUCGCACGAGCAGAGCGGCAUCGGCAGUGAUCUUGGACAGAUAACGCCCAUCGUAUCACUACCCGUACCAGCUCCUCUCCCUCUACCCGCCCCAUUGCCGCCCAUUGGCGGGGGUGGCCUCAAGCCCACAGGAGGCUCUAUUGGCGGCGGUGGACUGGGUGGGCUUGGGCUGGGGCUUAAGCCCGGCGGUGGCGGCAUCCUAGGUCACGGCGGCGCUGAAGGAGGCGGAAGUCAGCCAGGAUGGGGCUGGGGAUGGAUAUCAGACAUCAUGAAGGGACCAUCAUGGGGAUCCGGCUGGUCGGGACUCUUUCCAGGACAGGGAAUUAGCGGAGGUCCUGGAACCGGAAUUGGUAAUAAACCUAGUGGUGGCUCAUAUUUUGGCAACAAGGGCAGACCCAGUGGCACUGGACACCACGAAGACAACGACGGUAUCGUCUCCGUGUCUUACGGCAAACCACCUCCCGAACAUUACGACACACACGGCCCGGGCAUCUUCAACCCUUUCGCAGGCUGGCUGUACCCAGACCCCGGCUACGGCAAUCCGAAGGGAGGAGUACCAAGUCAGACCUUAGACUCUCCUACCACCUCGGAGGUCUUGGUCGUCAGGUAUCCCGAGUUCAUCAAGACCAUCGGGAAAGGAAUCAGCCAGAUGACGAACGCCGUGAAGAACCUCGGGGAGGGCUUCUCUGAGUCCAUAACGAAAGGAAUCCACGACGCCAGCGCCGGCAUCGGCAGCGGCGUCUACUCGAUCAUCCCGCUGGAGGAGGUAGGCAACGAGUACCAGGACAAAGGGAACCAAAACUACCCUAACAAGGGUGGCUUCGGCGGUCCCUUGGGCGGACUUGGACUUGGAGGCGGAUUUGGAGGCAAACCUGGUUUGGGCGGUGCGGGUGGCAAGCCUGGUUUAGGUCACGGUGGAAGCAGCGGACCAGUGUCCACUGUCUACUUCGAUAAGCACCCCAGCGUCCCAGCAGGCGGCUUCGGUUCAUGGUUCCCCAAACCUAGCUCCUGGUUCAGCUCCGCUUACAUAGAUCCCGACACAACGUCCACCGUUUACGUCGACAAAGGCUCCUCGGGUCUUGGCAACAAAGGCUCCUCAGGUCUUAGCCACAAAGGCCACCAUUAAUGGUCACGAAGAAGAAGCUGCGGAAGAGAUUAGUUAAGGACUUGAAGUUCCGGCGAAGAGAAGUGCAAAAGAAGUUAAGUACGGCUGUGAAGAUUUGCAGAUGGUAUACGUUGUCCAACUUCAGGCAAAACUUCACGGAAAACGAGAGACCGAGAGAGGAAGAACGCUCAAAAUGAAUACAAUCUCCCCUUCGGCUGGUCCGAAGAGGCUUAAACAAGAAUUACUUUUAGCAUUUGACUGGGUCUACAGAUUCUGGUAAUCGGGCCAGUUAACUUAGCAGUAAUUAAAAAUAGUCACUUAUUGCUAGCUCAAUUAUGGCUCUCUUUUAUUUCUU